CAAUGAAAAGCAAUUUUACGUCAACAAACGUCAUCGGGUUUUGGAUUUGCUCAAUUUUUUAUUCGAUUUUAUUAAUUUAUUGAAUAAAGGAUAAAUUCUUUGCGAUAAGUGUUAUGAGGGAUCGUAAAUGUUUUAAUAAUUUCAUGAAGUUUUAGCAAUGUCUUGAAUUAACAUUAAAUGUGUGAAUAUAUCUUUUUAAUCUAUGUGCGUAAGAGGUUUUUCUUAAAAUUUUAAUCAUUUGUAAAACGUCAAAAUGUGUAGGUAUGCUUAUGUCCUAUUACCUGUGAUAUUGAUGUUUGUUUACUUUACGGAAGUCUCAAGUAUUAUGUGUACAAAAGAAUCAUUUGGCUUCGAUACCACCCCUUUAGAGUGUCCUGGCCCUUUUGACUCAAAGGAUAAAGUAUAUUGCUGUGGACCCAAAAAACGGCGCUUUUGCUGCAGCUAUGCUGAAUAUGCUUCUGCCAUUAAUACCAUAGGCAUCAUAGUUGGAGUGCUGGUAACUGCUAUAGUUGUGGUUGUCAUCAUAGUGGUGGUAUCGUGUUUCUGCUGCAGCUGCUGUCUCCUUGCUAAACGCUGUAAUCGGCGAGGAAAUUCUUCAUCUUACACUGCAAGUCAGCCGACGUCGACCGCUACGACGACAACAGCUCACUACUCGGCUCAACCGGCCUAUCCAAUUCAGACCUUUCCCACAGGAUAUCCUCAGCAACAUUUCCAACAGCAAUAUCCUCAGCAACAGUUUACACAGGAGCACUUCCAGUAUCCUCCUCAGCCAUAUCCUCCUCAACCUCCCUAUCCUGCUGCUGGCGGCUAUCAGGGAGGGUAUCCCCCACCGUCUGGCAAUCCCCCACCUUACCCAAUCAAUGAUCAACCCCCUUACAACCCAUCAUUUGCUCCUGGGAAAUGAAUCAAUUCCCCAUCAAUUGGAAGUAACAGAGGUUUGAUUUUUCUCAUCAACUGAAAAAACGAAAAAUUGUUUUUAUCUUUUAUGCUAGUGGAAAAAGCAGGAUGGCUGUUGCAAUUUGAUUGUGGAAGUUAUGACUUUGCAGGUUUUACUUAAGACAUAUUUUAUAGCGUUUUAAUUUUUAUCAAGGAAUGUGUAAUCUCAAUUUUUCUUUCAAAAAGUGUUAUUGUGCAUUUUACUCAACAAUGCAUUUUUUUUGAGGAAAGAAAUCGUAAGAUGUAAUAUUAGAUCUGAAUCUCAUAAUUUUAUUAGGCGUUAUAUUUUCUCAUCAACUGAAAAAGCGAAAAUUUGUUUUUAUCUUUUAUGCUAGUGGAAAAAGCGCAAUGGCUGUUGUAAAUUUGAUUGUGAAAGUUAUGACUUUGCAAGUUUUACUUAAGACAUAUUUUAUAACAUUUUAAUUUUUAUCUAGGAAUGUGUAAUCUCAAUAUUUCUUUUGCAAUUUUUGAAAAGUGUUAUUGUGCAUUUUACUCAACUAUGCAUUUUUUUGAGGAAAGAAAUCGUAAGAUGUAAUAUUAGAACUGGAUCUCAAUAAUUUUCCUAAUUUUAUUAGGUGUAGAUACUUCAAUAUUAUUAGGAACUAAUUAUCCUAAUAUUAUUAAGAGUAAUUAUCUUAAUGUUAUUAUGUAGCAAUUGUCCUAAUACUAUUGGGAGUAAUUGUCCUAAUAUUAUUGAGAGUAAUUGUCCUAAUAUUAUUGGGUGUAAUUGUCCUAAUAUUAUUGGGAGUAAUUGUCCUAAUAUUAUUGGGAGUAAUUGUCCUAAUAUAAUUGGGAGUAAUUGUCCUAAUGUUAUUGGGAGUAGUCGCCCUAAUGUUAUUAGGAGUAAUUGUUGUAAUAUUAUUAGAUGUAAUGCCUUUCAAGUUAUAUUUGAAAAUGGUGUGCUAAUUGACCUUUAAUGCAUUUGACCCUCCAUUUUAUGCAUUUUGAUGGAAAACUUGUAUUGUAAUUUUCUGGGACUUGCUCAAAAAAGUAUUAGAACAAACUGUACAAGAUGGUAUGGUAUCAUUAAUUAUGUGUAUGCAUAAAUUUCUUUAUCCAAGUAAAACAAUUAACACUUUUU